CGAAUCGCUUUAAGGCCAGAAACUCCGACCUCGCGAGUCGAGUUGAGGUUACGUUCGCAAGGUGAUACCUGCACGAAGAUUCGGAAUUCGGCCAUCGAUAACAGCUUCCAUAGAUGUCCUCCAUGUGGAAGGACAAGGACUAACGGCUCCAGGAAGUUGCGAAGAUGACGUCACGUUGGGGGAUUCUAGGCGCCCUUCUGCUUUUUGGAACGAUAUUGGUGUACCAGGCGUGGGCGCAAGUCGAUGGUUACACGCCCGGUGUCGAUUAUCCCAUCUACAAUUCCGUACCUUUCGGGCUCACCUUUACCUGCAGAGGGAAGAUACCUGGUUACUACGCGGAUCCCGAAGCUAGAUGUCAGGUCUGGCAUUGGUGUCUGCCGAACGGACGACUCUUCAGCUUCCUUUGCCCUAACGGCACAGUCUUUAGUCAAACCACUCGUGUCUGUGAUUGGUGGUUCAAGGUCGAUUGCAACGACUCGCCAAGGCUGUACGGCAUCAACGACGACCUCUACAGAGACGCCAAUGGAAACAGGAUUUAAAAAGAACUGUCGGUGAGACUUUCAUGACUCGUGCCGAUAACAUACCGUCCGAGUCUGCAAUGAGCCCGACAAUGAUGUCAGGCGACACUAACUUAGUUAAGUAAACGCGCAAUUCCUGGUACAUACAUGAAUCCUACGUUGAAGUUUAAGGGGAUGCCGAAAGGAUGUAAUCGACCGCAGCGCCAAUUGGAUAACGCGGCAAAAUGAAGCAGCAGUAUUACCGCUUAUGAUAGUCUUAAAAAAAAAUGAAAAAAUGUGUUUCCGCGUAUUCUGCGACACCUCGAAUCACUACAAUCCGUUACUUCUCCCUAUUUUGUAUGGAAAUUCGAACAAGUUCUGGGAAACUUUUGACAAGCACUCAUUAUAUACUGUACAAUUACGUUUUUUUUCCUAGUUUAUUAUACCAUUGUAUAUUUA